AUGGUGCUGUAUACUAAGCUUUUAUUAGCAGUGCUAGCGCACUCUGCCGCGGCACAAUUCGUGCCUGCGCCCAGUGACUUGAUCACUAAGAAAGGACAUGCCGGUAUCGAUGUGCGAUACAAAGAAGUGCCCGCUGGGAUUUGUGAACAAGAUCCUAAUGUGAAGAGUUAUUCUGGUUACGCCGAUGUUGGUAAAGACGAGCACAUUUUCUGGUGGUUCUUUGAGGCUAGAAACGGAGAUCCUAAAGAGGCACCACUUACGGUCUGGAUCAACGGAGGGCCAGGAUCUUCCUCGAUGAUUGGGCUAUUCCAGGAAUUGGGGCCCUGCGGAGUUGACCAAGACGGUAAUGCAUUCAAUAACCCGUAUUCCUGGAGCAAUGUCAGCAAUAUGCUGUUUGUGGACCAGCCUGCCACAGUCGGAUUAUCCUACACAGCCCCCAUUCCAGCUUACCAGGAUAGCGAUGGAAAUGUCAUUCAGUUGCCCAGCGAGGAGUGCCCCGAUUACGCCCAGGAACUUGGAACAUGUGGUACAUACUCCAAACCGGACAUUGCCCUGGUCCCCAAUACAACUGCAAAUGCGGCUCCGAAUAUGUGGAAGACACUACAAGGCUUCAUGGGAGCUUUCCCACAGUACUCGCGGAAUGGCUUCAACUUCGCCACUGAGAGUUACGGAGGACACUACGGCCCAGUGUUCAACGAGUACUUUGUUAAACAGAACGCCAAGAAGCCCCACGGCUCGAUUAAGAUCGAUCUUGAGAACGUCCUGAUUGGAAAUGGCUGGUUCGAUCCCCUCAUUCAAUAUCAGGCAUACUACAACUUCUCCAUUUUCCCCGGAAACACAUACGACUUCAACCCAUACAACGAGUCUGUCCAGGCUGAAUGGUACAACAACCUUUAUGGAGCAGGAAACUGCGUUGAUCAGACUCUGGAAUGUUACGCGACCGGUCGUAAUGACAUUUGCUCUACGGCAGACAAAUUCUGUGCUUCGAAGGUCGAGUCGCUAUUUGACACAUACUCUGGGCGCGACGAGUAUGAUAUGCGAGAGUUGACACCCGAUCCGUUCCCAUACGAAUUCUACGUCGAUUACCUCAACAGCCCUAAGGUUCAAACUGCUAUUGGAGCGUACCAGAACUUCUCAGAGUCUUCCGGGACUGUGAGUAAUGCCUUUGGAAGCACAGGUGACGACGACCGUGAGUCCGGAACAAUUGAGAGUGUGAAGAAGUUGCUCGAAGCUGGGAUACAGGUUUUGCUGUAUUUCGGAGACGCCGACUUUAACUGCAAUUGGCUUGGUGGACAAGUUAUCGCCGAAGAGAUCAAUGCCAAAGGUUACGAGCACGCAGGCUUUGUGAACAUCACCACUUCGGAUGGCGUUGUUCACGGACAAGUUCGUCAAAGUGACUUGUUCAGCUUUGUGCGAAUUUACGAGUCCGGUCACGAAGUACCUUUCUACCAGCCCUUGGCUGCGUUGGAGAUGUUCGAGAGAGUGGUUACGAGAAAGGAUAUUGCGACAGGCAAGAAACACUUGAAGCCACAAGGUGGUUACAGAACCCAUGGAACACCAACAAGCGACUACCGCGAGGGUAACAGUACCGUGGUUCUGGAAGUGCUUGAUAGCAGUGCGACCUACAACACAACUCUCAAUGGACCAAACCCAUCUAGCUCGGCGUCGAUCAGACUACGCAGACGUGACCACUGA